AUGGCCCGGUGGAUUCAUGGGGCGACCAAGAACCAGGAGGCCAAUGCACUGUCGCGGCUGGACAACCCCGACGACUGGACACUGCUGGGUGAGAUGGUGGAGCUGCUGCAGGCCUCACUGGGCGACUGGCAGGUCGACCACUUUGUGGAGGCCUCCAACCAGAAGGCGCCAGCCUUCAACUUGCGCUUUGAGAGCCCAGGCUGUCAGGCUGUUGAUGUGUUCAGCCAGGAUUGGAGGGGCUGGGUCAACCUCCUGGUGCCCCCGAUCCCGCUGGUGGGCCAGACCCUGGCACACCUAAUCGAGUGCCAGGCGGAGUGGUGGCCGCUGCUCAUGGCCGUGUCGGUGGCUAUGGUCUGGCUGGGGACAGCCUGCGAGUUCACCAGGCCGGGUCCGUUGGGAGCGUUCGAGCUGGCGCGGCGGCCAGAGUGGACCUUUGAGGCCCACCGGGUGGAUGGACGGCGGCUGGUGGGCUGGAGACCGCCGCUUGCCGCUGUGAGGAGCUGGUGGGACUAG